AUGAGUUUGACGGUUGUUUUAAAACGAAAGCUGUUCUACCAUUCGUUCUGGAGCAGACACCAGCCAUAUUUUGUGAUUUAUUAUCAGAGAGUUGAGCACCUGAGUUUAGAGAAGUGCUUCAUUCACAGGAAAUCCGUAUUUCUUCUAAAUCAAACAGGGAUUCGCCUGCUGUCAAUUUCUCUGAAUAAAUUUAACAUUAUCUCACGGCUGACUUCCUACUUCCUUAAGGAAAAACCACAAGUAAAUAAAGCUGUCAAAAACCUGCCUGAAGACCUCACUGAUGCAAGUAAAGAUUCAGAAAGCAGUUCAUCUGUUGAAGAAAAGGAUGAACAAAUAAAAAAGUCGAAUGAAGAAGAAAUUGACAAAAACUCCAGAAACUUAUUACGCAAGCAUAAGUGGAUAUCGCUUUUAGGCAAAUUGCCAGGGGCUUCAUUGUACAAUAUUUCAUUACCGGUGAAUGCACAGUUAAAGGAAGACUCAUCUGCAGAGGAUGACUUGAAAAAAAGGAUGAGUUUCCAGAAACAAAUUAAUGAGUCUACAGAGAUGUUUCUAGAAAAAUACAAUAAAGAUUUAGAUCUAAUUUUAAAGAAAGCAACCCCACCAUCUGCAUCUAAAAGAAAAGUACAUAAUAAUCAUAAGCAUACAGUCAGUAGCGGUGAGAGUACAGCAGAUGUGAUCAAAGAAGUCAAGUAUCCUAGGAUAAAGGCCAAGAAUAGAAUUCCUGUAAAAACAGAAAACUAUGAGAAGGCACUUGUGUAUCUUCAGUCUUUGGGUAUACCUUGUGAAGACCUUGAAAUGUAUCCCAACAUUCAAGAAAUGGACAAAGAUACAGUUCUCAAAUGUAUAGACAAGUUGAAGGAAAUUGGCAUUCAUGUUGUCUUCUCAUUGUUCCUCAUUGAUCGUGUAUCUAUCGAACACAAGCUAAACAAAAAAG